UUAUAAAUAUUUUCAAAUGCAAAAUACUGAAAAUUAAUCGUUUGCUAAAAAUUGUGUUUUUACUUACGGACGAUUUUAUAUUGAAAACUUUAAACGCAGACGAUUUCAUUUACCGUUUCAUUUGUUCUAAGCAAUGGAGAGCUUAAAGCUCUUGUGGAUUUUAAUUUUGGUUUACGUAAGUUUGGAGACUGUAUCUACAGCAGUGGAUUCUCUUCCAGAGUGUGUUCGAAAUAAAAAUAAUUCAAGAGUCGAAUGGAGAGUUGAGAAACAGACAUUUACUCUCACUUUAAAUUCUUCAAAUGUUGCUUGUUACUCUGGUGAAAAAUGUUCGAAUCAAAGUCAGAAAAGCAAAGAAGUCACUUCAACAGUUUCAAUCAUUGUGCAAAGCGGGGAUGAGAUUGAGUUAUUCAUAGAUCUAUAUGAUACGUCAGAUAAUGGCACAAGUAAGAUCUCUUUGUUGAGCCGCCCUGAAUCUUCCAUGUGUGAUAACAAUCAUCAUAAAACAUUGUUAAGCGUAGAUUCAAGAAACAUGACCUUAAGGGAUGACGUAUUACAGCCUGGGGAAUUGAAUGCAUUUGUCCACUUCUCUGACGAAGGUUUAGAAUGCGACAUAUUGUGGAGUCUUCAGAUCAAAAUACAGGAACACGAAUGCUCUAAAAGCAAAGAUCAAUCUUUGUGCUCUGGAAAAGGUUUCUGUGAUAAUUUUUCCAACACGGGGUCUUUUUCGUGUCGUUGCUGUGCUGGAUUCGUGGGCAAAUAUUGCGAAGAAAGGGAUGGAUGUUACGGCAACCCUUGCCAACAUGGAGGAUUUUGCGUGGACAUUGCCGAGGGACUAGUGGGAACUACUUUUCAAUGUCUCUGCCCACAUGGUUACCGUGGCAGAUCUUGUGAAGGAGAGGUGAGUUUGUGUGAUCGCAAGCCCUGUCUUAACAAUGGAACAUGUACUGGAAACCAGACUGAGUACACAUGCGAGUGCCCAAAAGGUUUUGCUGGCGCUGACUGCGAAACUAAUGUAAAUGAAUGUCUUUCUAACCCCUGUGUUCAUGGGGUUUGUGAAGAUGGUGACGGUGGAUAUAAGUGCUACUGCUUACCCGGUUACGGUGGUGAUCAUUGCGAGUUCGAGUACGAUGAGUGUGAUUCAAGCCCAUGCAUCAACGGAGGAGCUUGUGAAGAUUUAGUUGCCGGUUACCGUUGCCACUGUGGACCAGGCUACCAAGGACGUCGCUGUCAGAUAAAAGUAGAUCUCUGUCAACCCAAUCCUUGCCUCUCACCAGCGCAAUGCGUGGACAGAGGUAACAACUACAGCUGCAUCUGUCAUCCCGGAUACAAUGGUCCUGGUUGCACCCAGCAUUAUGAUCCUUGUUAUCCAAAUCCUUGUCAAAAUGGUGGAAGCUGUUGGCCAAGUUUAGAUUCAUAUUUCUGCUCUUGCAAUCCAGGGUUCACUGGAGAUCUAUGCGAGGAAGCCAUGGUAGCAGCACAACCUUUGCCUAGAACUCUGGAGGAUCCUGGGGAGCCAGAUGAAGGGGGGCAUCACGGUGAAAGUUUAGAUCGUUGGCACAAUUUGUAUCUAGUUGGAACGAUGCUGAGUAUGGCAGCCGCUCUGGUGGGAUUAGUAGCUGUCGUCUGUCACUGCCGUAUCAACAAAACUUACCAAAGAUUUACUCGAAAAAUUGGAAGAUCAUGUUCUGACUUGAAGCAGCAGAAACUCGAAGACCGAGGCAAGUUUUCAUUGAAUCUUCGUGGGAACGCUUCUGAGGGUCCGCCCAAGGAUCCUCCAUACGAGGCUACAAGUGUGGACAUUGGAGACAGCCUCAAUGCUCCUCUUAUCUGCUAAUCCCUUAUGUUUUCACUUUCAUCAAAACCCCAUCGCUUAACUGAGAAGAUGACACUGUCUUCGUUGACUGGAGUGUGACUGAUAUAUGCAUACAUAUUCAUAUUUAUUCAAAACGUAAAUGUGUAUGCAUACGCGGAAUAUGCAUACUUUUCAAAAUCUUGGUUUGUUAAAAGAAUGGAAAAUAUUGUACAUACAAAGCUAUAUAAGAAAGUUGCAAUUUGAUUAGAAAGAUGGCGGCACAAUCUUUCAGAAAAGGAUAUAUUUAUCGAAAUGUCAUUUGUAAUUUACCAUCAGUUUUGUACUAAAAGAGUGAAAUGGCUGUAUUAAAGUCCGUGCGUUCACAAUUGCAAAUGUUAUGCAAACAGUAAAAAAAUAAUUAGAUAGAGAAUACUUAUUUAAUUUGAAUAAUAUUUAUUUAUUUAAUUUCAAUAAUAUUUAUUUAUUUAAUUUCAAUAAUAUUUAUUUAUUUAAUUUAAA